GAGCCAACACUACCCCAUUACACCACAUAUUCCUCUCUCCUCCCGACACUCACCAGUCAGACUCCUGUCAAACAAGACUGGCUACGAGUCUGCAGAGCAGUUGAUAAUGUAUUACGCCUUCGUAGACGAGUAGACUGCAGUUAGGAGUGCGCAUUCUAACCCUAAGGAAGUGCAGUUCGAGAGCGGAGGUGUUCACAUAUUAGAGAGAGUGAUAUCUGAGAACUAGACUGACUGCUGAUCUCUGUUUUGAACCAUGGAGAGGCGGACCCGCUUGUAGCUCCCUUUAAGAUAAGCUAGCGCCGAGCACGUGGUGUCCAAACACCUAAGUUAUGUACAGGAAAGUCCGCAGAAAAUCAAGAGGAGACUGCUUGCCUCAGCGCAUCAUUAUCAGCAGUACCUGCGGGCGUUGCUGAGCCAUGAUGUAUCGACUAAGAGCUGUGGUGUGUGCUCUGGCGGGCGUCACCGUCUUCACCUGCAUCGCCUCCGUCAAGUGGUUCCUUGUGACGGACCACCUCGUCGAGCAGAGGUCGUCGGGGGCCUCGGCGAUGCCAGCAGAGGACGCCCCAUGGUCCCACGUCGCUGAGACGAUGGCGCACCGUCGGGAGGAAGUGGAAACCGCCUGCGAAGGAAAAGGAGGCAGGAGAGGCCAGGGGGAGUCUGGGGCGGCAGGCUCAGGGGUGGAGGAAGGCAGCAGUAGUUCCUCCUCCUCCUCCUCAGCCUCCUCGCCGCCUCCCAACCCCCUGACGGAAGAACUGGUGGCCAACCCCAGGAAACUCAACAACCUUAUCGUGGAUGACAGGAAUCGAAUCUUAUAUUGCUACGUGCCUAAGGUGGCGUGUACCAACUGGAAACGGGUAAUGCUCAUCCUCACAGGCAGAACUAACGAGACUUCGCCCUUAUCGAUUCGCUCAGACAGCGUGCACAGAAUGAACGUCUUCACUAAGCUUAGCCAGUUAGAGCCCGACGCUAUACGCCAUCGCUUGCAGACCUACACCAAGUUCCUGUUUGUCCGCCACCCGAUCGAGCGCGUCCUGUCGGCGUUUAGGAAUAAGUUCCAGAAAAAUUAUACCUCCUCAGCCUAUUUCAAAAAGCGCUUUGGCGUCAAAAUCAUAAAGAAAUACCGACAGGGGAUUGACCCAGCUCAAGUCCCUGCCACGGGCGAUGGGGUCAAAUUCCCCGAGUUCGUGUCGUACCUAAUUGACACGAAGCGGAGCCAGCUUAAUGAGCACUGGGCGCCGGUGUCAGAUAUGUGCCAUCCCUGCGCGGUCAGGUACCAGAUUAUAGGGAAGUACGAGACCCUAGCCGAGGAUUCCGAAUACAUCCUCCGGAAAGUGGGAGCGCCUCCGAACCUUCACUUUCCUGAAAUUAUUCCCUCGAAGACGACGGGCUUUGUCGAGUCCUAUUUCGACAUGCUUUCAGAAGAGCAGCAGCGCGACCUCAUUGAAAUAUACCGGGACGAUUUUGAAAUAUUUGGCUAUCACCAUAGGAACCUUAUUUAGAUUACAUAUAUAUAUGUAUAUAUAUAUAUAUGUAUGUGUAUACAUGCCCUAAAGUAAUACAGUAUUCUGAGAAACCUUGAGAUGGUUUGAUAUAGUCAUUAUGAAUAAAGAGUCAUAUGUAAA